AUUCUAUAUUUGUUUCCUUCUCACACAGACACACACUAAUGUGUGUAUUAUAUACAGAUAUUUUACGUACUUGAAGAUUCUGUGUAUAUAUAAGAAUCUGAAACUUCCGGUUUUUACGCCGUAGAAUCUCCGAAAAUUCGCCGGCGGGAAGUUUGCCGGCGCCGGCGAAUAUUCCAUUUUUUGCAGAAGAUUCUUCGUACCUGUAGUGGAAGCUUAAUGCUAGGGAUUUUUCACUGUUCAUUUGAUUUGAUUUGAUAUCUUACUUAGGGUUUUGGACUCACAAAAAAGUAGAAAAGAACAGAGCAGAGAAAUAAAAGCUCUUUGGAUGGUAAAUUCAUCAAUUUUCGAGUGGAUUUUAGCUGAAUUAUAGCUUCGGUGACUCUUUCAGGAACCAAAGAGAGUAAAGUAGAGUAUAACAGAGAUUAAAGGGAGAUGUUGACGUGUAUAACAUGUAAGCAAAAAAUAGAUGAUGAUGGAGGAGAAGAAGGUCCACGCGGGACCCCCAAUACUAAAGACUCAGUCAAAAGCUUGACGGCCCAGAUAAAGGAUAUUGCAUUAAAGGUCUCUGGUAAAAGCAGCAAGUCCAGUACACCAACUAGUAGUUACAGGAGAGGUCACAGACCUUAUCCUGAUUUUGAAACAAUUUCAGAGGACGUUCCAUAUCAACCAGGAAGUUCAAGUUCACCUCCAGGUUGGGAUUUCACAAGUACCCGACAUCAUCGUACUCCUCGAGCUGAUUCAAGAUUUGCUGGAGGAUAUAGUGGUGUUGAUGAUGAUAAAAGAGAAUCUGUCUACUCACAGUCAGGUGAGGUGGUGCUGCCCGACGAGGAGGGGCCAAAAGAGUGGAUUGCUCAGGUGGAGCCUGGUGUUCAGAUCACAUUUCUCUCUCUUCCUAGUGGUGGAAAUGAUCUCAAACGAAUCCGCUUUAGUCGGGACAUGUUCGAUAAAUGGCAAGCUCAAAGAUGGUGGGGUGAGAAUUUUGACAGAAUAAUGGAGCUCUACAAUGUCCAGAGAUUUCAUCAGCAAGCUAUUGACACUCCCGGGCGGUCUGAGCUUGGAAGAGAUUCAAACUAUACAAGGCUUGGAUCACCCAGGGAAAGCAAGGAUUGGGGUCCAACAAAUUAUAGACCGUCGAGCAGUAGCCAAUACAACUACGGUGGAACCAGUUCUUAUGCCCCCGGUAUGGAAGCGUCAAGGAUGACAACCGACUCCAGAGACGCUUCAAUUUCCAUGAGUAAUGCUGGUGAUAUGGAGUCAGAAUGGAUAGCAGAAGAUGAGCCUGGUGUAUACAUAACCAUCAGACAACUAGCUGAUGGCACCAGAGAGCUACGGCGUGUAAGAUUCAGCCGCGAAAAAUUUGGGGAGGUCAACGCGAAGCAGUGGUGGGAGCAGAACAGAGAUAGAAUACAAGAGCAAUACCUUUAAAGCAUGUUUUUCUUUCAUAUAGUUGCUGGCAAUUUCCACAGAAUAUCAAGGUAUUCCCUGGGAAAUGGAACAAUUUUGCUUCUUCAAAGUGUUAACUUAAACUCACCAUGCACGAUAUUCGUCGUGCAUGGUGAGAUUACACCAGGCUCAUUCAUAUUGAAGUAUAUAGUUUUUUCCAGUUGGAAUGGCUCCAUUCUACAGAAGAAAGCUCCUGAUCAAUUUUUUUUGCCUUUAUGUCAUGGCAUUUUUUCAUCUCUAAUUAUACCUGAUUUUUUCAAAUUCUUUUUGGCCUUUAUUUUGCAUUCAGUUUU